CGCGGCCGCCAUUUUGCUCUGCGGAGCUGGUAUUUAGAGCGCAGCGCCUGAGUGGCGGGGUCGCCUUCGCGCAUCCGCCGCCUCGAGAGUCCUCGCUGGCCUGCUCGCUCGCCCGCUCGCUCUCCUGCCAUCCUAGCCCCGCCGCCGCCUGCUGACCUUGCUCUCUCCCGCUUGCAGACAUGGCUGACAUCAAGAACAACCCCGAAUACGCUUCGUUUUUCGCUGUGACAGGCGCGACGUGCGCCAUGUCCUUGAGCGCCAUGGGAGCCGCCUAUGGCACAGCCAAGAGUGGCACUGGCAUCGCUGCCAUGUCUGUCAUGAGGCCAGAGCUGAUCAUGAAGUCCAUCAUCCCAGUGGUUAUGGCUGGGAUCAUCGCCAUCUACGGCCUGGUGGUGGCAGUACUUAUCGCCAACUCCCUGACUGAUGGCAUCACCCUCUACAGGAGUUUUCUUCAGCUGGGUGCUGGCCUGAGUGUGGGGCUGAGUGGCCUGGCUGCUGGCUUUGCCAUUGGUAUCGUGGGGGAUGCUGGUGUUCGGGGCACUGCCCAGCAGCCACGGCUGUUCGUGGGCAUGAUCCUGAUCCUCAUCUUCGCGGAGGUGCUCGGCCUCUACGGUCUCAUCGUGGCCCUAAUCCUCUCCACAAAGUAGUCCUUUCCACCACCAGUCACAGGAUAGGAUGUAAAGACCACCCCUCCUCAU